GGGCCGUGCGUGGGCGGGGCCUCGUCGCCUCGCCCCGCCCCCCGCAGGUGAUGGCGGUAGCCGGGGCGGCGGCUGUUGGCGCCGGGGAGGUGAGAGGGAUCCUGCCCUGCCGGUGAGGGGCUCGGGGGACACGCGGACACGCACGGCCGUUGGGCGGCCCCCCUGACCCGGCAGCAUGAAGGUGGAGGCGGGGGAUCUGUCCGCGAUCAACCUGUCGGUGCAGCAGGUGCUGAGCCUCUGGGCACAUGGCACCGUCCUGCGCAGCCUCACCGAGAUGUGGUACUGGGUUUUCCUCUGGGCUCUCUUCUCCUCUCUCUUUGUCCAUGGUGCUGUGGGAGUGUUAAUGUUUGUGAUGCUGCAGAGGCAUAGGCAGGGGAGACUAAUCUCUGUCACUGUGGUCAGCAUUGGAUUUCUGGGUUCUGUAACAGGAGCAAUGAUAACCAGUGCUGCAGUAGCUGGAAUUUACAGAGUAGCAGGAAAGAAUAUGGCUCCCUUAGAAGCUCUUGUCUUUGGUGUUGGACAGACAGUACUGACAUUAAUUAUCUCAUUUUCAAGGAUUCUUGCAACGCUCUGAGGCUUAUGUAAAAAAAGAAUUUCAACUAGCCUAAAGAAAUCUCUGAUCUGAAGAGAAGCUUCCUGGAAGUGGAUUCAACAGCUUAUGAACUUGAAUGCUAGUGCAAGAGAAAGGAAGCGAUGUGGAACAUGCACUACAAAUCUGGAGGUUCAGUCGAAUGAACAGACUGUCCUCUAGUGUCUGAACUCUUGUACUUCUGCGUUGUGCCUUACGUGCUUCAAUCAUAGGAAAAGUGCAAUCCCUGUGUAAAGCACCUUGAGUAGCUGCCAGUCAGGCUAAUGCUUGGUGAUAGGAUCAUUGUUCUUAUCAGUGUUUUAAUAAAAAUAAAUGCGCGCUCCUGAAAGUUGCUGUAUGUGCCAAACUUGGAGUUUAGUUCUUAACAGUUGGUUGGGUGAGCUUUUUUUGAAAUGGUAGAUAUAGAAGAAUGCUGUGGAUAUACACUGUUUAACUUCAGGGGGAAUAGUACGAUGACUUUUUUUUACUCUUAUUCAGCAUUAAAAACAACAGUUAGGUCCAAUUUCAGUGGUAGACAAAUAUUGGUGGGAUUUAAGAACUACAACUUUACCAAUCCUGAUGUAAUUAGCACAAUCUCAGAAUGAAUUGUGUCAGUUUACUGAAGAUCAGCACAUCAUUUUUUCAUGGUUUUGGUUCUUUAGGCAUCCUUAGUUUAAGGAGACUGUGUGAGAAAAAAGUAUAAUCUGUUGUGUAUGUACAUAUGAAUCUUAAACUAAUGCGUUCCUUUAAAUUAUUUUGUCUGAAAUGGUUACCACCCCUUCUAAAAGCCUUAGAAAAGCUACUUGCUGCAAGUAAGCUCCCUCUUUUUAAGUACUGAUAGUACUAUUAACCCUACACAUACUCUUUAAAGAAUAGACAAAUGUAAUACAGACUUUGAGAAUAUACCUAUGAAAAUGGAAAGUGUUUAAAAAAAAAACACAAACAACACAAGUCUUCAAUGCAACAAAAAUGUUAAGCUUGCUUAAUAAAAGUUACCUUACUUUGGAAGUUUGGAAGUGGGGCGGGACUGGUGUAUUUACAACUUCGUUUCUGAACAUUUUAUAUCCUUGGAAAGGUUAAGACACCUGGAACUUUCAAAUACGUAUCUUUCAGAGUUUGUGCUUUUCUAGUUUAAAGGGAACACUACUGUUGUGCAUGUGAGAUGUCUUAAGUGUGAAUCAUUUGGAGUGAAUAGAAAUUUUAAUGCUAUUUAUGAAGAGCAAAAUUUAAAGGGCACAAAGUUCUGUAUGAGGAAUAAGACAUCUUUUACAUACUUACUCAACUGAAUGCUUUUUAGAAGUUGACUGUCAAUAAUGAUAAGAAUAAUUAAUUGCCCAAAGGUUUUGCUGUUAAGAUGUCAAAAAGACUUUCAGAGUUGUUGAAAUCACUGGCAUCUGCUGUACAGCUAAAAGAAAAUAAUAGGGUUAAAAUACAACUUACAAUCCAGCUUUAUUGCUUAGUGCUUCAAAACGGUAUAAUGAAUUAACCUGCUUUCUGUUAUUUUCUUCCAUUAAAAACCAUUCUUUUGGUUUUUUUAAAAGCACUAAGGAUGCUAAUAUUUUUUCUUUGGAAGUAUUUUAGUUUUUUUCAAAAUGUACAAAGUUGCAGGCUAUGAAGGGAACAAUGUAAAAUGUAGGUUUAUAAACCUCAGUGUUACACUUUUAGCUUUGAGUCACUUUAAAAUGCUGUGGAAUACCUAUAUUUUCCUUACUUUGAUUUCAAAACUUAUUUUUCAUGGCUUGAUUAUUUUUAUUAUUAUUAUUUUAUUAUUUUUUUUACUUUCUGCUGAUUCUUUUUGGCAUAAGUCAUAGCACUUUGUCUAUUAAAGUUAUUGCAUCUGUCAAAAUGCAUUUUAAACUUCUCCCCAUUGUCUUACGAUAUGAGAACUGGUUUCAGGUAUUUAAUUCAAAUGGAAUAAUAAAAUCAAUGAUAUUUCUCCUAAUGUGCCUUGUAAAGUAUAUUUUUAGGGGAGAAGAUUUUUAAAAGUUGCUCUCUUCAUUGUGUUUUUUUUUAGGUAUUCUAAAUCAGCUUGGUUAUUUGAUAUGUCUCAUCCAACAGACUUUAAAGUGUUUGUGUUUGACAACUUAGAAAUGCUUGUCUGAAUCAAAAACAACCCUCUCACAAAGCAUUGCAUUCAGUAAUUUUAAAUGUCUCGUGUCUUUACUUCACCCUGAAUCUUGUUUCCUGUCUCCAAAUUACCUUGAACAUCUCAAUUCUUAUUAUAUGGGUUUUCUUACACUAUCACUGUUCAAAGGCUUGCUUUGUUUCACUAACUUAAACUCUUAUGAGACCACUGCUAACUUAGGAAAUUUAUGUAACUAAUAAAACUUCAUUCGUCAUUUUAGUUGUAGUGCCAAUGAAUUUUUUGUCACUCUAACCUUCUUCCUUUGACAAGGAGGUAUCUUUGCAGAUGUUGAAUAACCUUCCUCCAAAUAAUUUUUAUUGUACAGAUCACUGUAAUCGCAUUUAAAGUGGUUAGGUGCUUAUUUGUCUCUGCUUUAUAUGAUGUUGUCUAGCAACAAUGAAUAGGCAGUAAAUGUAGUGCCUAGCUGGUGUAACAGAUGAAGUUUUUAAAUGCUUCUUGUGAGGGAUAAAUGAGGAUGUCUAGUUCAUCUAUGAAAUGUUCCUUGAUCAUGGCAUGAACUUAAUGAAUAGUAAUUCCAGUAGAGGAAACAUACAAGUGGCCUUACAUCUCUGAAACUUGGAGGCUUCAUUCCACGUCCUUAGGAACAGUAUUGUUAAACUUGUAAAAGGUGCUCUACUCAAAGCAUGGUGUGUGUAUACAUGUAUAUGCUAUUUAUAUAAAUAUGUGUAUUAACUAUGUUUUGGAGGUGUAGUCUGUAUUUUACAGAAAGUAACAGCUGAAAUAACUUGCCCAAGAAAAAGAAAAAAAAAUAGGAUAACCUAGGAUUUUUUUCAUCAUUACUAAGCUACAGAAAUAUCUUGUGCAUGAAUGGCACGGAUGGUACUCUGCUUUGCUUUGGACAAUAAAGCAUUGUGCAGAUGUCUACCCAAAAUCGUUUAGAGCUAUCUUUAAAUAGCUCUGCAUGUUUCUGCAUGGUAUCACUAAGCACAUUCUGUGCAUUGUAAAUUAUUAAUUUAUAGUAGAGAACAAAUAUAUCGACACAACUUCCUCUUUGGAGGAGGCAUUCGAAUACUGGAUAUACUGUUCAAUGUAAAGAUGCUUCUGUUGCUUUGUUAGAAGCUGCUGUUGUUAAAGACUUAUACAUUCCACACAAUUCUGACUUACUGAUAUAAUAAAAAAUCUUUUUUUCAGAAAA